GACCCUGCCCCGAGAGACACUUCCACGUUGAAAGCACCGGUCAGUGCUUGCCCUGUUUCUGCUUCGGAGUCGCCAAAUCGUGCCGCAGCACCGGCCGCUACCGUCAACAAAUCCACCUCCGAUUCGACGAACACAACAAUUUCAAAGGGGUGAAUGUGACCACGCUCGAUCAUCCCGGCACGCCUCCCCUCGCCUCGACGCAGAUGCACAUCGACCGCAGCGCGCAGGAGUUCCAGCUGGUCGAUCUCUCUCGGCGCUUCCUGAUGCACGACUCCUUCUGGACGCUGCCCAAGCGGUUCCUGGGGAACAAGGUGGAUUCCUACGGAGGCUCCCUCCAGUACACGGUGCGUUACCACCUGAGCCGAGGAGAGUCAGAGCCUGUCCGGAAACCGGACGUCAUCCUUGUGGGCAACGGGCAGAAGCUGCUUUACCGGCUACCGGUUCAUCCUGAGCCCUUUGUGGCCAACAAGCGCCAGGUCGAUUUCACAGAGGGGAGCUGGCAGAAGGAGUCUGGGGGGUCCGUCAGCCGAGAGGAGCUGCUCCUUACCCUGCAGAACCUGGAGGCCAUCAUGAUCCAGACGGUGUACGAUAACCGGAUGGCCAAGGUGGGACUGAGCAACGUCGUUAUGGACACCACCACCACGGAAAUCACCGGCCUGGGUGUGGCGCAUCAUGUGGAGGAAUGCAGAGGCAGCUGGUACUUGUAG